CCCCUCCCCUUCUCUUUCUAGGGCUGAAAGGGGGAGCCCCGACCUCUGGGGCGGGGGGGUCCAAUGGCCCCACCUUCACCUACACCUUCCGGGGCGACCCCCACGCCAUGUUCACCGAAUUCUUCGAGGGUCGCAACCCCUUCGACACCUUUUUUGUCCAACGCAACGGGGAUGACGAUGACGGGGAUGACACCUUCACCACCUUCCACGUGGGGGGGUUCGGUAGCGUGGGCUUCCCCCGGGGCCGGGCAGAAGGCGUCUGCCGGAAGCAAGACCCCCCGGUCCUCUACGACCUGAAGGUCUCCCUGGAGGAGAUCUACAGCGGUUGCACCAAGAAGAUGAAGAUCUCUCACAAGCGGCUCAACCCCGACGGGAAGACGGUGCGUAACGAGGACAAGAUCCUCACCAUCGAGGUGAAGCGGGGUUGGAAGGAGGGCACCAAGAUCACCUUCCCCAAGGAGGGUGACCAGACACCCAACAACAUCCCCGCCGACGUCGUCUUUGUCCUCAAAGACAAACCCCACGGUGUCUUCCGCCGGGAGGGCUCGGACAUUGUCUACCCGGCGAAGAUUAGCCUCCGCGAGGCGCUCUGUGGCUGCACGGUGAACACCCCCACGCUGGACGGCCGCACCAUCCCCAUGGUCUUCAAGGACGUGCUGAAGCCGGGGGUGAAGCGCCGCAUCCCGGGGGAGGGGCUGCCCUUCCCCCGCUCCCCCGACCAGCGCGGGGACCUCAUCAUCGAGUUCGAGGUCAAGUUCCCUGACAGGAUCCCACCGGCCUCCAAGACCCUCCUGGAGCAGAUCCUGCCCGUCUAGCACCCCCUCCCCCCCCUCGGCCCCCCAAACCCACUCUGGGGGGGCUUGGGGUGGGGUUUGAACCUCUUUGGGACCAAUCUCGGGGGGUUGGGGGGGUCCUGCUGCCUCCCCCAGGUUCUGGGCUCCUCAAACAUCUCCAGGCUUGGGGGGGAGGGGGCUUGGUGUCCUCCCCCCUCCCCCACCCCAACUUGGGGGUCUGUGGGCGGUGGGGUGUCCUCAGCCCCCCAUUUUAGAGCUUGGGGGGGGGUCUCUUGUGUCUUUGAUGUCCUCAGUCCUUGAUGACCACCCCUCUCACCCCCCUGCCCCCAUCUUGGGGGUCUGAGGGUGGUGGGGUGUCCUCAGCCCCCCACUUUAGAAUUUGGGGGGGUUCUUGGGAUGUCCUUGGUGACACCACCCCACCACCCCCCCAAUCUUGGGGGUUUGGGGGUGACCCUGACCUCCUGGGUUAAGGCUUUGGGGGUCCUGAGGUGGCCUCGCCCCCCCCACCUUGGAGCCCUGAGGGACCCAGGGUGUCCUCACCCCCCCCUUCCCCCCCCCAGCCAAUUC